CAAAGCAGAGUACAAGUUUUUUGUUUUAGUGCCGCCACCGCAGGAUGGGGGAAUUCGAUUCCCCUUCAACCCACCUCCACCGUCAUCCUCGCCCACCCUUCACCGUCGGCUCUGAAAUUGAGAUCUCCAUUAACGAAGAAGGUUUUAAGGGCGCAUUGUUCCGAGCCACCAUUCUGAAGCUCUCCACUACCUUUUUUCCUUCGACGACGAAGAAGGCCUUUGUUGAGUACAAGACCCUUGUCACUGAAGACGGGUCUAAGCCUUUGAAGGAGCAUGUUGAUGCCCAUAAUUUGAGGCCUAUUCCGCCUGAUAUCGCCGAUAGGGAUUUCGAGGAAGGCGACAUUGUUGAUGCAGCUGAUAAAGAUGGAUGGUGGACUGGUGUGGUCUAUAAGGUUUCUGAAGAUGGUGGAUACUCUGUUUUCUUCAAGAAUCCAAUGCAUGUCAUGGAUUUUCAAAGGAAACAGUUGAGAUUGCAUCAGGAUUGGGUUGAUGGCAAGUGGCUUGUCCCCAAAAAAAUGGAUGCAUCAAUCUUGAAAGAUCAGUUGGCUACCAUUUUGGAGGUUGCUAAUAUACCUGAGAAAACCCAGACUGAAAGUUUAAAAAAUGCUGAAACUAACCAUGAAAAGGGAAACUCAAGGAAUGAUUUAGUGGAACAGUCAAGUAUUUGUGAAGAAAAGUCUGCCUCAUUUGCCUUGACCUCGAGCAAGAGAAGAAGUCUGAGUUCUAAGGCAAGAGUUUCAAAUUCUGUAAAGAAGUGGGGAAAAGGAAAUGUUCCUGGGGCACCAACAGCAGAUGGGUUGAAGGAGACAGAAAGCAAAACAUCGAGGGGAAAAUCAUCCAGUAAAAAAAAUGCCACAUCGAACAGAGGUCGUAAAAGAAGAACCUACCAUAAUUUUCAUUGUGACGAUAACAGCGACUCACCUGGUAAAUUUAAGAGUUCGAAAGGAGACAUGAAAGCGAGAACUGAAAAAGAUGUUGAUGGAAAUGAUGAGUUGAAAGAGCAAGGGGCAAGAUUCAUAAAUGAUGAGGAAGGGAAAGAAGAUUGUGAUGUCUUAGUGGUCACUCAUAAAGAAGUAAGUACAAGCAACGAAUCUGAAGGGAAUAAACAUUUAGCAUCUGAAGAGAAACAGACGACACCGGCUGAAACUUCUAUUCACGUUUCUGAUGAGGUUAAAGGUGGAGAGAAAAAUUCAAAUAAUCAGACAGAAGAGAAGGGCUUGGAACCUGACCAGCAACAAGCUAGUAAAAACAGUAACAAAAGAAAGAGGGGACGGCCUAAAAAAUUGAUGAUAGUUCCAAUAACUGCUGAAGAUAAGGAGCAAAAUGGAAUUGGAUGGAAGCCCGACGAAGCAACGAUAAAAAGUUGUGUAACUGAUUUUCAAUUGAAUAGAAAGAAUUUGAAUAAGCUCUCCGCGUACAAGACAAAUGAAAACGGACCUAAAAGUGCAUCAAGCAACAUUGAUGACGACGAUCGACCCCUUCUAAUGUGGCUUGGGGGAAUGCAAGGUUCAGCAAGCAACAAUUCAUUGAAGUUAGGACAAACACCUGGUUCUACUGGCAGGCGAAGGACAAAAAGGAGGGAACAAGUAGACGUUCCGAAUGAGGUUGUAAAGUCGGACCAUGCACUGGACAGGAAUCAAGGUUGGCCUUUCGUAAAGAACUCGCCUGUCUGGAGCGCCAUUGAUUCUUUAGAAGUCUUCAAACUAAUUCCACAAACGCCUCAUUUCUGCCCUUUAAGUACAUACAAGGAGGAAUGUCGAGAAGGAUUGGCUAUCGGUUGCAUGGUAACUUUUGCAAGUUUGGUUGAAAAGAUAUCCAAACUACAGUUCGAUAAUCCGAGACACGUUUUUGAAAGCUUGUUAGCCAGUCUAUUCGAAUUGGAGCAACAUGGGUUCAAUAUUUCAAUGCUCUGCAAUCGCGUAAACGAGCUGCUAUUUAUCAAAGAUACUCAAAUGCGAUAUCUAGAGGAAACAAAAGAAGCAGAGAUGAAAAUAUUGGAGCAUACCGAAAACAAAACUAAGCUUACAGAAGAGAGCAAGGCUAUUGAACAGAAGAUUGCAGAGCUGCAGAAGAGACAGACAUCAAUCCAAUUGGAACUGGAGACUAAAGAUGCCGAGAUCGAGGCACUACAAUCACGUGUGGAGACCAUCAGAGGAAGUACAGAGGAUACUAAGAAACAUUUUGAAAGGCAGACUGCCCUCCCGUUGUAACCAGAUCGACGAUCUUGGUUACGAAUAUGAUCCUACACCUUAUGAUCUACACCUCAGGUGGUCUCAUGUUCGUGAUCAUUUUGUGAAUGGUAGUCGUAGACUUUAGAAGUUAACGAUAACUCGUAACUGCAGUGUUUGACGAGGAGGCCUGCCUAACAUUCUCCAUUUGUGUGUUGCUUAGAUCACUUUUUUUAAGUUUGUCUGCAGAAAAGGAUCAAUGCAGUGUCGAUAAGAAAAUUGGGAUGUAAACUGAUUCAAUUAUAACAGUUGUACAUUUAUGAAAUGUUUGUGCUGCAGUGUUUG